GAUGAUGAGUCAUGACUUUUCUUGUAUCUGCAAAAAACCAACUGCAUCCACCUCCCAUCAUACUUGUCUCACUAUAGAUCCAGCUUUUCUCUAAAUUUUCCUUUUUGCUUUUGAGUACAAUUUCACUUCAACCAAAACACAGUUCAAGUUUCAGCUUCUCUUCCUCAGCUACGGCUGCUUAAUCUCCAGUAGUUAAAUGGAGCAAGAGAUGACUGAGCUUCUUUCUUUAGAUCAAUCAAUUAAAAUGGAGGAUUCAGAACAGCAGCAAAAACAAACUUCUCCUCAUUCUUCUUCUAUUCCUAUUAAAAGUAGAUCAAAGGGUGGCCUCAUCACUAUGCCUUUUAUUAUAGCAAAUGAAGCAUUGGAGAAAGUGGCAAGCUAUGGACUUUUACCCAAUAUGACAUUCUAUUUAAUGAAGGAUUAUAGGAUGGAAGUUAUUACUGCUCAAAAUUUACUGUUUUUCUGGUCAUCAGCUACAAAUUUCUUGCCUUUAGUUGGUGCUUUUGUUGCUGAUUCAUAUCUGGGUCGAUUCCUCGCCAUUGGCAUUGGUUCCAUCUUCAGUUUCCUGGGAACUACUGUAUUGUGGUUAACAGCAAUGAUUCCGAAAGCAAGGCCACCGCCUUGCAAUCAAGUAGGGCAGGCCUGUAAAUCUGCCACAGCAUCGCAAUUCAUGCUCUUGGUCUUUUCAUUUCUGCUCAUGUCAAUUGGUGCUGGUGGUAUAAGACCAUGUUCUUUAGCCUUUGGUGCUAACCAGUUUGACAAGAGAGAUAAUACCAACAACCAAAGGGUGUUGGAGAGCUUCUUUGCCUGGUAUUAUACUUCAUCCAUAGUAUCUGUUCUCAUCGCCUUGACGGGUAUCGUUUACCUUCAAGAUAAGAUGGGCUGGAAAAUAGGUUUUGGAGUUCCUGCAAUUCUCAUGUUCUUAUCCGCGUUGUUUUUCUUCCUUGCUUCUCCUUUUUAUAUCAAGCACAAGGUCAAAUCAAACUUGUUUAGCAGCUUUAUUCAAGUAAUUGUAGUUGCCUACAAGAAUAGGAAACUCUCAUACCCUAUUCAGAAUUCCGAUUACCAUCACAAGAAUGGUUCAGAACUUCAAGUGCCAACGGAGAAAUUGAGAUUCUUAAACAAAGCUUGUAUCAUUAAGAGCCCUGAAGAUGUUAAGCCAAAUGGAGUUGCAGUCAACCCGUGGAACCUUUGCACAGUGGAGCAAGUUGAGGAGCUAAAAGCCCUCAUUAGGAUCAUGCCACUGUGGUCGACGGGGAUUAUGAUAUCGAUAAACUUAAGCCAAAGUUCAUUCCCUUUACUGCAAGCUCAAUCCAUGGAUAGACAUCUAACAAAAAAAUUUCAAAUUCCAGCUGGCUCAUUUGGUAUGUUUUUGAUGGUUGCAUUAACAAUUUGGGUUUUUCUCUAUGACCGUGUGAUGCUUCCAUUGGCAUCGAAAAUCAGAGGAAGACCAGUUCGUCUAACACCUAUAGUGAGAAUGGGAAUUGGCAUAUUCAUCUCUUGCAUGUCUAUGUUAGUCUCUGGUAUCGUGGAACAUGUUCGACGAAGAAGAGCAAUAAACCAAGGGCUCUUGAACAACCCUGAGGGGUUGGUGGAAAUGUCAGCAAUGUGGCUCAUACUGCAAAAUAUUUUGAAUGGGAUAGCCGAGGCAUUCAGUGCAAUCGGCCAAACAGAGUUCUAUUAUUCUGAGCUCCCGAGGAGUAUGUCAAGUCUCGCGUCUGCACUCUUAGGACUAGGAAUGGCAGUGGCAAAUCUUUUAGCAAGUGUGAUCCUGAGUGCUGUGGAUAAGCAUACAAAAGGAGAAGGGAAAGAGAGUUGGGUUUCAAGCAGUAUAAAUAAAGGUCACUAUGAGUAUUACUACUGGCUUCUUGCUAUUAUGACAGCUUUUAAUCUGAUUUAUUUCAUGGUUUGUAAAUGGGCAUAUGGACCCUGUGCUGACGUUGACAUCACUAAGAGAAUGUUAGAGGUUAGUGAUGAUGAUGACAACAUGUCUAGUCAUGGCUUGAAUUCGCGCCAAGCUAGUUGUUAAAUAGUGUAUACAUAGUACUAGUAGUAGUAUUUAUACGGAAUCAUAUAUUACCAAGUGCUUCUAGAUUUUUUGAUUACUCUUGUUA